AUGUCCUCCCUUCAAUUCCAACAGCAUUUAGUUAAAUUUAACAAAAAUAAAGUCCUUCGUCAUUCUCAAACCAAUGAAGCAUAUUUAAUGGGAGAUGCUUAAGACUCUGCUAAAUAUAAUCACAUAAAGCCAAUCAAGUAUAUUGAUUAUAAAUAUUAAUAAUUGAAAUAAUGUUUUAAUAAAAAUUUUUAAGACGUAAUAGAAUAGAAUCUCAAAACUUUAAGAAGAAUGAUUUAUACUAAAAAUUCACAUUCAAUAUAAUCUGUGAAGAUAUUGGUAUUGGCUUCGUUAAUUAAACAUUAAUUUUUAAGUUAUUUAAAUGAGAUUUAAAAUCAAGAGUUCUCUUCCUUUGACAAUUUUAUUUAUUCCAUUCUUUGCAGUCUAUUCUAUGGUUACUUCAUAUCUUAGCUAUAUUCCACUAAUUUGAUAUGA